CAAAACAAAAGAUUGAAGAGUGAAGACCAUUUUUUCAAAGAGUCUCCCUUCCCUUCUUAGUUCAUUCUCUCUCACUCACUUUGGCUUAACAUAACACAACAACAUAGUCCGACAUCUCUCGCUUUCUCGACUUUUCCGUGUUGUUUUCGGGACACCUUCACCCAUAGAGAACCGUUAAAUAGAUCCUUUUCCCCAGUUUUCAAGUUAGUUACUUGGCUUUGGAUGAAUCCCAAUCCCAAUCCCAAUCACCUUCCUUCCAUCUUCCCCAUCCAACAUCACAACCUCCUUGCGUAUUAAAGAAACUAAACGAUCAUCGGAAUUGGAACCGCGAGGUUGUUUAGCAAUAGAUGGAUGUUGGGACCGUGCUGCUACUGUGGUGGGUUAUAACAACAAGCGCUUUGAUUGCUGUCACUUUAUCAGAUCCAAGCGACGAGGCAUGCCUGACGCACCUCAGCAAGUCGUUAGAAGACCCAAACAAGCUGCUACGUAACUGGAAGGAAGAGAGCUUUGCAAAACCCUGCAACGAUUCCAUCUCCAACCUCCAGGGCGCCAUCUGCAACAAUGGCCGCAUCUACAAGCUCUCUCUCAACAACCUCUCGCUACGUGGCACCAUAUCCCCCUUCCUCGCAAACUGUACCAACCUCCAAGCCCUCGACCUCUCCUCCAACUUCCUCACCGGUCCAAUACCCCCUGACCUGCAGUCGCUCGUCAACCUCGCCGUGUUGAACCUCUCAUCCAAUCGCCUUCAAGGAGAGAUUCCUCCACAGCUCACAUUGUGUGCUUAUCUCAACAUCAUCGACCUUCACCAGAAUUUGCUUACUGGCCCUAUCCCUCAGCAAUUGGGCCUUCUUGUUCGCCUCUCUGCCUUUGACGUGUCCAAUAACCACCUUUCCGGCCCGAUCCCGGCUUCCUUGUCCAACCGGAGCGGUAACUUACCUCGGUUCAACGCCAGCUCCUUCGAGGGGAAUAAGGAUCUUUAUGGGUACCCUUUGCCUCCGCUGAGGAGUAAAGGUUUGUCAGUUUUGGCCAUUGUAGGGAUUGGAUUGGGAAGUGGACUGGCCAGUUUGGUGCUCAGUUUUACAGGGGUUUGUAUUUGGUUGAAAAUUACAGAGAGGAAGAUGGCGCUUGAAGAAGGCAAAAUCAGUCACCUUAUGCCUGAUUAUUGAUGCUUAAUCAUAAACUUCAAUUCAAUAUUCCAAAUCCAAGCAGCGUAUAAAUCAAAAUUCAAAAACAAUUUCAUCAGUGGUGCAGAUGUUGUGCAGCUUUAAUUUACUUCUUCUAGUGAUACCUGGAAUGGCAACGCAAUUUCCUUGAUUUUCGUUAUUCUACCAUCAUUCGGAGGGUUGGCUUUGGUUGGCACUUCGCGGGAUGUAGGGUAGGUUAGUGGGUGCGGUACUGCUCCAUGAAGCGCAGCACCGUUCAACUGCAAACUUGUCUGGCACAGUAUGCUAAAAUAGUCUUACUAAUUAGUGCGUACUGGAUAUUGAAAUAAUCUAUAAAUAUUAAAAUUUAUUAAAAAAUACAAUAAGACAAUAUUAAUAGUGUUUUUUAAUUUUAAUUCAUUGAUAUUUACCUAACGUAUAUAAAUAUAAACACAAACAGCUGUGCCAUUUUUUUUCUUUUUAAUUUUUUUAUAUGCAGAAAAGUGCCGCGUUUUUCUCACAUUAUCGGGGUGAAGUGCUUUGCUGAGUUGAGGCGGUGGGGGACACCAACGGCAGUACACAGCCACACGGAUUGGGACUUGUCUUUGACAUAAUAACUUGGUUGUUCUACUGUAACUCGCUUGUUAGUCCAAUGUCAAGUAGUCAACCUCAUUUGGUCGCGUUUUAGAAUAUGGCUAUCUAUCCCUUCGUUAGCUUUGGAAUAGGAUUAUUUUUUUAAGAUGGUUCAGCAUCAUUAUCAUUGUUUAGAACGAAACAAAUUAUUUUUUAUUUUUAACGGUACUUUUGUGCAUCAUGAUGUUGGACAAAGUGUGAACAUAAAUUAAAAUUUACAGCCAUAAAGUGAUGAGGGGUUAACGUGAAUUUAGUGCUUCCCAUAAUUAUGGCUAGUGGGUGUGGGUUCCUUAUUUAUUUGAUCUCCUAUUCUUCUUCCUUUUUCUUGCUCAGUAUUUCCUAUUCUUCUUCCGGCCUGGUUUCUUUUACCCUACAAGCUAAGUGGGCCUAGGCUCGUGGCUCGAGUUUCGGUUCGUAAAGUGACUGUUCUGUGGAAUCAUCUCAUAUGCUUCCCGUUGUAAGAAAUGGACACUUCAUUCUUGUUUUUUUUAACGACUGCAUUGAAUUAUAUAAGGUUUCUCUGACUUAUUUCAUGAGUUGAAUAAUUUUAUUCUGUAUGAAUUAAUAAAAUUGUGUAUAAAAAAUUAAAUAAGUAUUAAUAUAAUGUCUUGAUUUUAUUAAUUUACUUAAGAUGCAGUGAUAUUUAGCAACUUAGACAUUGACUAAUCUGCGUGUCACCCGACUCAUGUAGGGUAAGAUGUUCAAAGAGUAACAACAUAAUUUUUUGUGAAAUUUAAAUACAAUUUGUCAAAACUCAACUUCAUACAUGUUAAAAAGAAAAAAGAUUAUGUAGAUUUUACCUGUUAAAAGAUUGUAGUACUAGUUCAAAAGUUAACCUCCUGUUCGAAACUGAUUUUGCUUCUACUGCUUAUCGUGGAUGGACUAAUAAUAUUGUCUGGCCAAAAGGGCAGCAAUGUAUGUUUAUUUGACUUGCUAGUUGUCAAAGUGAAUUCAUCUGGACAUUGAUUUUCUCACCCUCUAAAUUUAGAUUUUUUUUAGCAAGCGUGAUACAUCAAACAGUUGCUUUACUUAGUAGAAAGUUAUGAUCAUUUUGACAGUUUUAUAUUUGACAGUUUUAUAUUUGACCUUAUUAAACUAAUUGAAUGCGAAUGUCAAUGCGAUAUUGGCAAUAAAAGACCCAAUUUUGAAGCACAGCAUGGCUGUCGUGGAAAGGGAACGAGACAGGAUUAAGUUGCUUCUGAUAAAUAAUAAUAAUAAUAAAAUUAAUUAAAAGAUAUUUGUUGCACUUUUAUAAUUUUAAUAC